AUGGUGUGUGAUGUUAAGUACCAUGUUUUAUGUUCUUACUAUAAACCAAAACAUCAAUUUCUCUAUGAAAGUUGGACUGGCAGUAAAACUAAGAUUACUUUGGCUCUCCGUAAGAACGAAAAAUACCGCAUGACAGACUUUCAUAUGGCGCCCAUUUUAUCAGGCUUUCUUGCAACAGUAGUGACCACCAGUGCUGUGUUGUCGUGGCGUCACUCACAGACUGAGGACAGUGUUCAAGGUUACACUGUCAGAUAUCAUCCGGUCGAUUCUAAGGAAUAUAAGUUUCAGAACGUGCCUGGACGAGGAGGCACGGCAGCUACUAUCAAGGGACUGAUAGCUUCUACUCAGUAUGCCUUCGCUGUCCAGGCGUAUAGCGAACAGGGCCGCUCGCUCUACUCGGCUCCUUUUUAUGUUACGACGAUGCGGGACGCGGUAGAGGAGGCAGCGAGCAGUAGUACCAGCACGGGUAGUACCAAUACCACCAGCGGGACUCAGCACAGGGUACCAAGACUCAUCCUCAUCAUUAUCUGUCUCACGGGCGCUGCUCUCCUCAUCCUUAAUAUUGUUGUUGUUACGUGUUUCCUCCGGCGAUACAUCUUUAAGAAGUCUAGUAUGAAAGUGAACGAGCGACCUUCGACCUCAUUCGACAUCGCUACUACCGCCACGACGCCGGGGUCAGCCACCUGCGUUGACCUGGUGAGCUCGGAAGCCGGCAGCAGCGUUGCUCCCUCGGACUACCAGAUCGAGCGUGAGGAAUGCGUGGAGAUCUGCGUGGCCCGAGACGAGGCUUCUGUGAACCCGAGCUCGGAAUGCGCUCCCAUGCUGCAGCCUCCGCUCCUGCCCCGGGCCCAGAGCGAGCACGUCCCGUCUCCGUUGCCCCGCCGUUUGCAGCCUGCCUCCUCCCCGCACCACGUCCAGUGCUUGUUGUCUCCUCACCACAGGUGCACGGACUCGCCCCCGUAUCUUCUUUCGCGUGAAGACCCGCAUAAGACUGAAACCCCGCAUCCUCACGCCAGUCCUAAACACGGCCAGGAGGACCUAACGCUCCCUCACCACCUGCCUAGUCCUCGAUUCACGCAGAGCCUUGCCUUGAGAGAGGGAGAAGUCACGGUCUAUGACGACAUUUCCGAAUCGGAGAAUUACGAAGCGUCGAGCCAGAUUCCCGACGAGCUACCCGUGCCGAGUGACAACUCCGCCUCCGCCAAGCACUCGCAGCAUCGCCUCAAUAUCCCAGACGUGUGUCCUGUCAUUGCAAACACAUACGAGCCGAUACUCCAGCAUGUGCGUCUUCAGGAAACCAUCUUAGAGUAUCCGGAAGACCAUAUUUCAGUGUCGUCAGACACCAGCCAGAAUUCGCGGUGUAGUGGCUGUCGCGACGGCAGCUGCUCCCCCUACCCAGCUGCCGCGACGCCUUCUCAGAAGCUUAAUACAAUCCAAAAACCCAACCAAAAACGCCCCUUGUCGGAGCCAGCAUGCCCGAGCGCCUCCGCGAAACCCAUCACGCAAGUCAUCUACCACGGACAGCCCCACCUCCAGCAGCAACUCGAACAGGAGAGGGAACAGGAUCAGUCCCACCAGCCCAAGCUUUAUGAAUAUCACUCGCAACUCCAGCCGCGCCUACAACAGCAGCAGCAGCAGCAGCAGCACGCCGACGGGAGAUAUUUGCCUCAUCAGCAGAGGCGGCGACAGGAGAGCGAAGGUCAUCAUUAUCCUCACCAGCCGCAGAAACACGUCGAGGAAGACUAUCACUAUCCUCACCAACCGCAGUAUAAUGACGACGGGUACAUGUUUCACCCUCGCCAUCACCCACAACACGGGGAUAAGGACUACCACUGGUACCCCGAACGACAUCCCCAGCCGGAGGAGAAGUGCCCGUGCUUUUAUAAUGGACAUGAGCAAUGCGUCGAGGAGAAACAUGCUCCCAUUCGCACCCCUCUUCAGAGCAGUUAUUGUCAGUCGAAAUAUAAUAUGCGAGGUUCGGCUGCGGAGAGCAUAUCGUAUUAAAUAGAUUUCCCCUGGUAUAUCCAUUCAUUUUCGUCGUUAUAUUAUUUUCUCAAUAUCAUUGUCAUUCAUUCAUAUUUUCCAUUUUUCAUCCCAUGUCGCUUUUUCCGAGAUUCAUUUCAACAUUUGUCAAUACCAUUGUUGCUUUUCAUUCAUUAUCACCUUUUUAUGUGUAAAGAAUCUACAUAUAGUGCAUGCAUUCCUGUUAUGAUACAUGCCGUCCUUAGUAGUAAUUAACGUCUAAUUAUUGACACAUGAUACCAUUACAUACUGCUUUUUAUUAUUAGUGUGCUUAUUUGCAAGAUUUCUCAACCCUGGGUCUAUUAUGAAGUGAUCA